CGGCCCCCAUCAAUCACCGAUCGGCGGCCCCGCGCGGAUCAAUCAAUGGUUGGGAGGAGGCGGUGGCGGCGGCUGCUGCUGUUAAUGAACAAUGUGUGAGAGCUGCGCCGAGCUGCUGGAGGUGUUAAACGAGAUAUCUGAUGUUGAAGGUGCUGAUGGAUUGCAGCUCAGAAAGGAACAUGUGCUCAAGAUAUUUGCUUAUAUCAAUUCCUGGACACAAAGGCAAUGUCUGUGCUGUUUCAAGGAAUAUAAACAUUUGGAGAUCUUUAACCAAGUAGUAUGUGCGCUUAUUAACUUGGUGAUUGCUGAAGUUCAAGCUCUGCGGGACCAGCUCUGUAAACAUUGCACUAUUAAUAUAGAUUCAGCAUGGCAAGAUCAUAGUAAUUGUGCUGAUGAACCCCUGAAUGUAGAAAGAGACUCUCAUGACGAAGAAGAUAGAGAACGGCAAAGAUCUAUAGAGAAAAAAAUAGAUUCUGCAAGAACUUGUAUCCUGACUGAGGAGUCAUCUACGAAGAGCAUUGACGGUUUUAGCUGGAGCAUUGAUGAGAAGGAGAAGUUGUUGCUGUGUGUGGCAAAAAUCUUUCAGAUUCAGUUUCCUUUGUACACUGCUUAUAAGCAUAAUACUCAUCCUACAAUAGAGGAUAUUUCUGCUCAAGAAAGCAAUAUACUAGGAGCGUUCUGUGACAUGAAUGAUGUAGAAGUACCACUGCACUUGCUUCGUUAUGUUUGUCUAUUUUGUGGAAAAAAUGGCCUUUCCCUCAUGAAGGAUUGCUUUGAAUAUGGAACUCCUGAGACACUGCCAUUUCUUAUAGCACAUGCAUUUAUCACAGUGGUGUCUAACAUCAGAAUAUGGCUGCACAUCCCUGCUGUCAUGCAGCACAUUAUACCCUUUAGGACUUACGUUAUCAGGUAUUUAUGUAAACUAUCAGACCAGGAGUUACGACAGACUGCAGCCCGGAACAUGGCAGAUUUAAUGUGGAGCACAGUUAAAGAGCCUCUGGAUACUGCUUUGUGCUUUGAUAAAGAAAGUCUUGAUCUUGCAUUUAAAUACUUUAUGUCUCCAACUCUAACAAUGAGAUUGGCUGGGCUGAGUCAAAUAACAAAUCAACUUCAUACCUUCAAUGAUGUCUGUAAUAACGAGUCAUUAGUUUCAGACACAGAAACGUCAAUUGCAAAAGAGCUUGCAGACUGGCUUAUCAACAGCAAUGUAGUUGAACACAUUUUUGGACCAAACAUACACAUUGAGAUCAUCAAACAGUGCCAAGUGAUUCUGAAUUUCCUUGCAGCCGAAGGGAGACUUAGUACUCAACAUAUAGACUGUAUUUGGGCUGCAGCACAGCUAAAGCAUUGCAGUCGUUACAUACACGAUUUGUUCCCUUCUUUGAUCAAAAACUUGGACCCUGUCCCACUUAGGCAUCUCCUUAACCUAGUCUCGACUCUUCAUCCAAGCGCUCACACUGAACAGACAUUGUAUUUGGCAUCAAUGCUUAUAAAAGCACUGUGGAACAAUGCACUAGCAGCUAAAGCUCAGCUGUCAAAACAAAGCUCUUUUGCAUCUUUACUCAGUACUAAUCUACCAAUAGGAAACAAAAAAGAGGAGGAUCUCAGAAGAGCAGCCCCUUCGCCUUGGUCACCAGCAGCUAGCCCUCAAAGUAGCGACAACAGUGACACCCAUCAGAGUGGAGGUAGUGAUAUUGAAAUGGAGGAGCAGCUUAUUAACAGAACAAAACAUGUACAGCAGCGACUUUCAGAUACAGAGGAAUCCAUGCAAGGAAGCUCUGAUGAGACAGCAAACAGCGGUGAGGAUGGCAGUAGUGGCCCUGGUAGUAGCAGUGGCCACAGUGAUGGAUCCAGUAAUGAGGCCAACUCCAGUCAUGCAAGUCAGUCUGCUGAAAGCCCUGGCAGCGAAGUGCAGUCUGAAGACAUUGCAGAUAUUGAAGCUCUCAAAGAGGAGGAGGAUGAAGAAGAAGAGGAUAGGAAUCAUAAUCCCCAGAAAAACAGUAGGAGCACAGAUAUACGAAGCAGGAAACUGGAAUCACAAACAGACAUUUGUCUGGGAGAUUCACAGGGGGCAUCGGAGAGGAGCAGUACAAAUAACGGGACAGGAAAGGACCAUGUUUUUAAUGCUGACUCUGUAACUCCUGUGGAUAAUCGAAUUAGAAUACUGGAUGCCUGUUCCCAUGCUGAGGAUGCAGACCAUGACAUGACAGGGGAAAUGAGCACUGCUCGCAUUUCGCAAGGGUCUCAAGAUUCUUGUAUAACACAUACAGGAGACUUCCUUGGAGAAACUAUUGGAAAUGAAUUAUUUAACUGUCGACAGUUCAUUGGUCCCCAGCAUCACCACCAUCAUCACCAUCACCAUCAUCAUCAUGACGGGCAUAUGGUUGAUGAUAUGCUCAGUGCAGAUGAUGUCAGUUGCAGUAGUUCUCAAGUCAGUGCAAAAUCAGAGAAAAAUAUGGCUGACUUUGAUGGGGAAGAAUCUGGCUGUGAAGAAGAGCUUGUACAGAUUAAUUCACACGCAGAGCUAACAUCUCAUCUUCAGCAGCAUCUUCCCAACCUGGCCUCUAUCUAUCAUGAACAUCUUAGUCAAGGACCAGCAGUUCAUAAACAUCAAUAUAAUAGCAGUGCAGUGACGGACAUUAAUUUGGAUAAUGUUUGUAAGAAAGGAAAUACCCUUUUGUGGGAUCUGGUCCAGGAUGAAGAUGCAAUUCAUCUUUCGGAAGGGUUAAUAAAUGAAGCAGAGAAGCUGCUCUGUUCUUUAGUAUGCUGGUUCACUGACAGACAGAUUCGAAUGAGAUUUAUUGAAGGCUGCUUAGAAAAUUUAGCAAACAACAGAUCAGUAGUAGUUUCACUUCGUCUUCUUCCAAAGUUAUUUGGUACGUUUCAGCAGUUUGGGAGCAGUUACGAUACACACUGGAUAACAAUGUGGGCAGAAAAGGAACUUAACAUGAUGAAACUUUUCUUUGAUAAUUUGGUACACUACAUCCAGGCAGUCAGGGAGGGACGACAUAAAUAUGCAUUAUACAGCCACAGUGCAGAAGUUCAAGUUCGUCUUCAGUUCUUGACUUGUGUGUUUUCAACUCUAGGAUCACCAGAUCAUUUCAGGUUGAGUUUAGAACAAGUGGACAUAUUGUGGCACUGCUUAGUUGAAGAUUCUGAAUGUUACGAUGAUGCACUACAUUGGUUCUUGAAUCAAGUACGAAGUAAAGAUCAGCAUGCUAUGGGUAUGGAAACUUACAAACAUCUUUUCUUGGAAAAGAUGCCACAGCUAAAACCUGAAACUAUUAGUAUGACUGGACUGAAUCUCUUCCAGCAUUUGUGCAAUUUGGCUCGAUUGGCUACUAGUACAUAUGAUGGUGGCUCAAACUCAGAGUUGUGUGGCAUGGACCAGUUCUGGGGUAUUGCUCUAAGAGCACAGUCUGGUGAUGUCAGUCGAGCAGCUAUCCAGUACAUCAACUCCUAUUAUAUCAAUGGUAAAAAUGGGCUUGAAAAAGAGCAGGAAUUUAUUAGUAAAUGUAUGGAAAGUCUGAUGAUAGCUUCUAGUAAUCUUGAACAAGACUCUCAUUCAAGUCUGACAAUUAUUGAAAGAGGACUCUUGAUGCUAAAGACACAUCUGGAAGCUUUUAGGAGAAGGUUUGCGUAUCAUCUGAGACAGUGGCAGAUUGAAGGUACUGGCAUCAGCAGUCAUUUGAAAGCACUGAGUGACAAACAGUCCCUACCAUUAAGAAUUGUAUGUCAGCCAGCUGGACUUCCUGACAAGAUGACUAUAGAAAUGUAUCCUAGCGAUCAAGUGGCAGAUCUACGAGCUGAAGUCACGCACUGGUACGAAAAUUUGCAGAAAGAGCAGAUAAAUCAACAAGCACAGCUUCAGGAGUUUGGCCAAAGCAGUCGAAAAGGGGAUUUUCCUGGUGGCCUCAUGGGACCUGUGAGAAUGAUCUCAUCUGGGCAUGAGCUGACAACUGAUUAUGAUGAAAAAACUCUUCAUGAAUUGGGUUUUAAGGAUAUGCAGAUGGUAUUUGUAUCCCUGGGAGCACCAAGGAGAGAACGUAAAGGUGAUGGUGUUCAGCUUCCAGCAUCUUGCCUACCUCCUCCUCAAAAGGACAACAUUCCAAUGCUUUUACUCUUGCAAGAGCCUCAUCUUACCACACUUUUUGAUCUGUUGGAGAUGCUAGCCUCCUUUAAACCUCCUUCUGGAGAAACAUGUAUGGAAGACAGUGAGUCAUUUAACACAUUACACAUGAUGUACCAUGAGGCUACGGCUUGCCACGUGACUGGAGACCUGGUAGAACUUCUGUCUAUAUUCCUUUCAGUUCUUAAAUCGACACGUCCGUAUCUUCAAAGAAAAGAUGUGAAGCAAGCUCUCAUUCAGUGGCAGGAGCGAAUUGAAUUUGCCCAUAAACUUUUAACUUUGCUAAAUUCCUACAGUCCUCCGGAACUUAGAAAUGCUUGUAUUGAUGUCCUCAAGGAGCUUGUACUUUUAAGUCCUCAUGAUUUCCUACAUACUCUGGUUCCAUUUCUACAGCACAAUCAUUGUACAUACCACCACAGUAAUAUCCCAAUGUCUCUUGGACCUUACUUUCCAUGUCGUGAAAACUUGAAAUUAAUAGGGGGAAAAAGCAAUAUUCGUCCUCCACGUCCCGAGCUCAAUAUGUGCCUUCUGCCUACUAUGGUAGAAGCCAGCAAGGUACAGUGGUCGCAAGGACACACUGAGUGCAGGCACUGCCCCAGUGGACACUGCUAUUCAGAAAGAAUCCAGUCUCCUGCACAUGGGGUGUGUGUGCACGUAGAUGGGAAUCUGUGUGGGCAACACAUUUCGAAGAAGCACGGUUACUGUAGGGGAAAAGAUGAUGUUUAUGAUCGUAUGCUGCUAGACUACUUCUUUUCUUAUCAUCAGUUCAUCCAUCUACUGUGCCGAGUUGCAAUCAGCUGUGAAAAGUUUACUGAAACAUUAGUUAAAAUGAGUGUUCUUGUUGCAUAUGAAGGUUUACCACUUCAUCUUGCAUUGUUCCCCAAGCUUUGGACUGAGCUUUGUCAGACUCAGUCUGCAAUGUCAAAGAACAGCGUAAAGCUCCUCUGUGAAGAUCCAGUUUUUGCAGAAUAUAUAAAAUGUAUUUUAAUGGAUGAAAGGACCUUUCUUAACAACAACAUUGUGUACACCUUUUUGACGCAUUUUCUUCUGAAGGUCCAAGGGCAGGUGUUUUCUGAAGCAAACUGUGCCAAUUUAAUCAAUACUCUAAUUACAAAUCUAAUAAAUCAGUAUCAAAGCCUAGAAUCUGAUUUCAGCAGCCAGAGAGUUGAAAUCUCCAAAGCAAGCUCUGCUUUAAAUGGGGACCUCCGAGCACUUGCCUUGCUGCUUUCAGUGCAUACUCCUAAACAGCUCAAUUCAGCCCUGAUUCCGACUUUACAAGAACUUUUAAACAAGUGUAGAGCAUGUCAACAACAGAGGAAUUCACUACAAGAACAAGAAGCCAAAGAAAGAAAAAUUAAAGAUGAUGAAGAAGCUACUCCUGUAAAAAGAAGACGGGUCAGCAGUGAUGAGGAGCACACCGUAGACAGUUGUAUCAGUGAUAUAAAAACUGAACCCCAGGAAGCAUUGACCCCAACAAGCACUUCAGAUAAUGAGACACGGGACUCUUCGAUCAUUGAUCCAGGCACUGAACAAGAUCUUCCUUCCCCUGAAAAUAAUUCUGUCAAAGAGUACAGAAUGGAAGUUCCAUCUUCAUUUUCAGAAGACAUAAUGCUGACAAUGAGGUCACAACAUACAGAAGAGCAGUCAGGAAACGGUAAAUUUCAAGAAUGCAAAGAAUUUAAAGACCUGCAGACUUCCAAGGAUUCCGCUGUAGCAGAGGAGGACUCAGAGUUUCCAUCCACAUCGAUUUCAGCAGUUUUAUCUGACCUCGCAGAUUUGAGAGGCUGUGAUAGUCAAGCCUUAUCAUCCCAGGACCCUGAAACUAGUUUAUCAAUCACUUGUGGCCAUUCCAGAGGACUUUUUAGUCUUAUGCAGCAGCAUGACAUUUUAGACAUCCUGUGUAGGACCAUUGAGUCUACAAUUCAUGUGGUUACAAGGAUAUCUGGAAAAGGAAAUCAAGCUGCUUCUUGACAUUAGAUGAAGCAUGUCUGCUUCUAAGUCUUUUUUUUCCUUCCCUCCCCCAAAAAUGCUGUUGCCUAAGUUUUGCUUAUUUCUGUUCUGUGCUUCAGUUUGUCCAGUGCUCUCUGCUUGAAUGGCAAGAUAGACUUAUAUGCUUAAUUCUUGGUCAGGCAGAUCUCCAGUUUUACUUUUUGUUUGUUUUUGGAUUUCUUUUUUGCAUCUACCAUACACUUUCUUAAAGGGCAAUCAGAUAAUGGAUAUGUUUUAUGUAAUUAAAAAUUCACUGUAGUGGCUUUCAUUUAAUAUGGCUGUCUGGGAGAACAGGGCCUCCUUGCCCUGUAUGAUGUAAUUUAAACUUAUGGCAUUUUUACUGUGUAUAAUAUGGUGUCCUCUGUGCCAGUUUUGUACCUUAUAAUAGAGGCAGAUUGCCUCAGAUCGCUGUGGUUCUUAUUAUCAAAAUUAAGUUUACUUGUAUACUAAACAACCACAAGAAAUUUGAUUCUGUAAAGAAUCCUCUUUAGCUGUGGCCUGGCAGUAUAUAUAUGGUGCUUUAUUUAACAGAAUACCUGUGGAGGAAAUAAAGCACACUUGAUGUAAAAAUAAUUGUUUUAUUUUUAUUGACAUGAUCAAUUGCUAUUCUGUGCACUUCAUUAAACUGAUUGUGAUGACUUUU